AUGGGGUGUGCUACCCAUGGGAUUCCUGCUCCUACAGAAGGUGGAUGUGGCAUGCAAACGUUCUUUCCAGCAAACAAGGAGUUUCUCCGGCAGUGGCUCAGUGGUUCAUGUGAAGAGGUCGGUGUGUAUGGGCCUCGGGACAGCCAUCAAGUGGUAUCUGCACAGAAAUCACCUGAGAACACAGUAGCAGGCAACAGAAUGCCUGAGCAAACAACUGAAGAUUGUGAUCCAAAUGGCUCAGUAAAGGGAACAGAAGGAGUCAGAGAAGUGCAGUUGGGAAAGACUGAAAAAACACAGCAUCUGUUUCGCAGACUUUAUCCUUACAAAAACAACAAACCAACAGUUGCAGAUGUUCUUCAGAUAACUGAAAAUUCAUUAAAGUCCCACGAGUCUUGUACUGAAGAGGAGCUGAUUGUGACUUUCCUACAAAAACUACUGAUGAUGAACUACAGAGCAAGAUACAUUAAUAUUAAUAAGGCCAAUGAACAGGAUCAAGCACAAAAGAAACACACUGACUCAUCUGAAGACAUUGUUGAUAUAUUCAAAGCAAUAUCUUUGUCCAACAAAGGAACAAGCCAGUCUGAGCGAAGCCACCCGAUGGAUGUCCAGAUGGUUGUAUUUCAUUGUGCUGAUGGUUUCCUGAAGCAGCUGAUGGUCAAUAAACUAUCCCAGUGUCAGUACGCUCUUCCUCUGCUUGUUCCUAUUCCAUUCACUCAAGACAUUGAGUUUCCUCUCUGGACAUUCAGACAAAUCAACAAGAGCUGGAAGACAAAAAACAUCUACAAUGAGGUCAUUAGUCAAACCCAGCCGAUCUACAAGGCAGACACUCCAAUGGUGUUUUUCUUCAGGUUUGACUCUGUGUCUUCAUCCAAGUCUCAUCUGAUGAACAGUCUAAUCAAUGAGAAACACAACACUUUCUUCCACAGGAACUGUCCAGGAAGCAGCAGAACCAGAGUCCUGAUGGAUGGAGUGGUGGAGAUCGCCUGGUUCUGUCCAUCUGGGAAAAACACAGAUAAAUUCAGUAAGUGUGUUGCAUUCUGUAAUCUACACGGUGAUGCAGGAGAACAUGAGAAACAGCUGCAGAUCCUCACUGAAAUGGCCUCAGUCAAUGUGGUUCUUCUACCACAACUUUACAGGAACGACAAAAGUACAGCAAUAGUCCAAGGCCUUUACACAAACAGAAUGCCACUUAUUUGUCUUUUUACUGAGGAUGAAUCUAAUGUCAUUGAGAUGAAAAAAGGGAAAUUCAAGAUUGGUCUGAAGGACAGAAAUCUGUCAGAUGUAUCUGAAGAACUCAGAAGAGUAAUAAAUGAUUGUCUGUCAGAAUCCUCUACCACUUUCACACUUGAAGAUGUGUCCAAACACGUAUUUUUCAGAGUGGAUGAGAACGAAGAUGAAGACUGCAGUAGGGGAAGAGAAGCAGCACAGAAGAUGAUGAGAUUACUGGAAAAUAAAGAUCUGACAAAAAUCAAAGAAUUAUUUCUGCCUCAUCAGGGGACACUGUGGCAUCAGUGGAGUCAAAAGAACAAAGAACUACAUCGACCUCAAGGAGGGGAAACAGAAAUGGACAUUAGUAGAAAACACAUAGAAAUUAAGAAGAUCCGUGAACAGCAGUAUGAUUCUGACAUCAGUAACUUUAUGAAGAUCUUUAUUCAAGAAAUUAGUUCAGAUGCUGCAAACAAGGCAAUGUUUUUAAUUAAAUGGCUCAGGAUCCUUCUAGAUGAACAUACAUCAGCUGACCUUUCUAAUCUGCAUUACAAGUAUAAUAAAAAGUGGUCAGCAGUUGUAAAACUGAAAGAGAAUCAUGAUCAAACUGAACAAUUCAAAAUGGAACAAAAAGAACUUGAGAGAAUAUCUGAUGAACUUCAAGCUGCAGCCUUUGGUUUGGAGCACAUUAUGAGAGAGAUCGGUCAGAUCUAUGAAUCAUGUUCCUCUGUGAAGAAGAACAAGAAAGACCUGCAGGUUCACUUCUCUUCUCUACCGAGUUUCGCAGCAGAGAUGAUGAUCUCUGGAUUUCCACUGGAGCUGAUGGAUGGAGAUGCUGCUCAUGUUCCUGUGAUCUGGAUCUCUGCUGUUCUAGAUCAACUCGUCCAGAAACUGGGAGACAAGAGAGUCUUUGUGCUGUCAGUUUUAGGGAUCCAGAGCUCUGGGAAAUCCACCAUGCUGAACGCCAUGUUUGGACUGCAGUUUGCUGUCAGUGCUGGCAGGUGCACCAGAGGAGCUUUCAUGCAGCUGGUUAGAGUCUCAGAUGAGAUGAAAACAAAGAUGAACACAGACUAUAUUCUAGUUGUGGAUACUGAGGGCCUUCGUGCACUAGAACUGUCUGGAAGAACAACACGACACCAUGACAAUGAACUGGCUACAUUUGUUGUAGGUCUUGGAAAUAUGACACUGAUCAACAUCUUUGGAGAAAACCCAUCUGAGAUGCAGGACAUUCUUCAGAUUGUUGUUCAGGCCUUCAUGAGGAUGAAGAAGGUCAGACUGAAUCCCAGCUGUGUGUUUGUGCAUCAGAAUGUGUCAGACGUCACAGCUGGAGAGAAAAACAUGGAGGGAAGGAGACGACUUCAAAAGACACUGGAUGAGAUGACAAAACUCGCUGCUAAAGAUGAAGUCUGUGAUGCAGAACAUUUCAGUGAUGUCAUUAGAUUUGAUGUUCAGAAUGAUGUGAAGUAUUUUGCUCAGCUUUGGGAAGGCAGCCCACCGAUGGCACCACCAAACCCAAACUACUGUGAGAAUGUACAAGAACUAAAGAACACAAUUAUUUCUCAUGUCUCAAAGUCACAUGGAAUGAUGCUGAAAGACUUAAAAUAUCGAAUUAAUGACCUCUGGAAGGCUUUGCUGAAUGAACAAUUUGUCUUCAGCUUUAGAAAUUCUCUGGAGAUUUCAGCCUAUAGGAAACUGGAGAAUGAAUACAGCAAAUGGUCCUGGAGUCUUUGUAGUGCCAUGGUUAAAACUGAGAACAAACUACACAACAAAAUAGAAAAUGAAGCAAUUCAUGAGGUUGAGGAAUCUGAUCUUCAAAGAGAACUGAAGAAGACAAGUGAAGAAGUGAAUAAAAAAAUGUCACAAUUCUUUAAAGAAGACAAGGACAAAGAUAUAAUGAUUCAGUGGAAAACAUCAUUUGAAAUAAAAAUGAAGGAGCUUCAGGAAAAGAUUAUAAGAGAAAGUAAGAGGAAAUUAAACCAGGUUCUUCAGCAGAGAGACCUGAAGAAUAAGAUUGAUGCUCAGCGAACACAACAUGAAAACACUCUCUUUGAAAAGAGCAAAGAACUUGCCUUAAAACUAAAAACCAAAGCAAAUGAUGAUGAAAGACUGAAGAAAGAGUUUGAUUUGUUUUGGAAACGGUAUAUGAAUAAAAUAAUCACAGAGACUCCUUUAAUCAAAGACAUUGAUGUAUUGAGAGAUGUCAAACUCCUUCUCAGUGAUGUCUAUGAAAGUGCUCCUGUAGACCACUGGAGGGAAAGCAGGAAUAUUAUGCCAGUGUCGAGUUAUUCAGAUUAUGUACAGUUAAAGAAAUCCAGUGGAAAAAAAUUUACAAAUGUCCUCAGAACAGUUCAGAAAAAGAGUUCUGGUUAUGUUCUAUCUCAAGAGGAUGAAAUCCAAAUAACAUCAUUAGUAACAGAUGUUUUUCAGCAGACGGACAGUUUGAUUAAGUCAUUUAACAUUUCAAAAAUGGGAUACAACAUCAGUUAUAUUCAACAACUCAUAGAUUACAUCAAGACAAGAAUAAACGAACAUCAAGAAGGACGAGUGAAAUAUGUGUUUAAGAAUGAAUUCUUCAUGGAUUUGGUUCUGUCCAUCUCUAAGAGAGCAAACAAGAUGAUCACUGAUCAACACAAGAUGUUCAAGGACGCCUAUGAUCCUCUCCUAUAUGUUAACAAGAAGAGAGAAGAGUACUACAGUAUUUUCCAGAAAUACUGUCAUGGAGCAACAUCAGCUGCCAUUUUUGGUGAGAUCAUCUGUCAGAAACUGAAAGAGCCCAUCGAACAGAGUGUCUACAAGAAGACGGCCAGAGAUAUAGCAGAUGAAAUUAGAUCAAACUGUGAAUCACUAAAUGGAAACAGAUCAAAACUGGAGAAACACAUCCUGAAGACAUUGGCAGAAGAAGAAGAUUUUGGCAAAUACAUGAACUACAUUAAAACUCCCAAAGACCAUUUCAGUGGUUUCAUCAGAGAUGAAGUCAGUUGGUACAUAACUGGUCAGUUUAGUGUCAGUGUUUUACCCAAAAUGAAUGCGAACAUUAAACUCCUGCAGCAGAAGAUCCUAGAAGCAACACAUGAAUAUACUGAACAUGUUCAAGCGAACAGUGGAGAUGUUGAUUUGUGGUUGAAGAGUUUCACACAGCAGCUCUCAGACGUGCUGGUCUUCUCUGAAAAAGACCUAUGUGGAGUAAAACAUGAUGAUGUUGAUAAUUUUACCCUCCUAGAAGAUGUGAUAAGACAAGAACUUCCUGCUAUAAUGUCUGAGAUCAGCAGCAGAUUCAACACAGAUAUAUUUGAAGAAAAGCUGGAUGUCAAAUUCAGGCCAGAUGAGCUUCUGAUUGAUCAUUUCUGUCAAUGCUGUUGGGUUCAGUGUCCAUUCUGUUCAGCCAUCUGCACCAACACCAUAGAAAAACACGAUGGAGAUCACAGCGUUCCUUUCCACAGAGUAAUUGGAAUUAAUGGAUGGCAUUACAUGCAAUCAUGUAUACUCUGUGCAGAUAUUUGUACAAAUUUAGUGGCAAGUGAUAAAAUGUUUAAUUCAUCAGGUCAGUGGUUCCCGUAUAAACAAUACAGAACAGGAGGAGGAGUGUAUGCAAAGUGGAGCAUCACCCCUGACCGCUCUGAACUGCCGUACUGGAAGUGGUUUGUGUGUAGAUUCAGGAAAGAUCUGGAAAAGCACUAUCAUAAAACAUUUGAGAGACCAAGUGAGAUUCCAGAUGAAUGGAAAAACCUCACCAAAGAGGAUGCUAUUGAAUGUUUGGAUAAAUACAUUUAA